AUGGGCACCGCCAACGGCACACCACGAGAAGAGAUCUCCAUCAAGGCUUGUGGUGAGUGCAGCGCUGAAGAAUGCCAGGUCCUCCUGGGCGCGAUGGUCAUGGCGGCGCAGGUGGAUCGCACGCCAGAACAUCAGGUGGAUCGCUACGGACGCACAGGCCACAUGCAUGGGGAGUUGGAAGAUGCGGUGACGCACGACAAUUUGACCCAAGUCCUCGAGCUUACAGCAGCUUCGGACACCUGGAGUGGGCCUGCAAAAGAACCAUGGGCACCAGUGAACGGGAUCGGAAGGCCGGCUUGUUCGAAGUCCAGUUGA